UCUUAGGUUCUUCAUUUCUUCAUCCAAGCGACUCUUCAUGUUCAUCGAUCAUGUUCACUGCGAAGACAAUGACGCCUUUAAAAGCGUCCAAGCAGACUUCAGCCGCAGCGUCAAAGAUCAAGAAUAAGAUCCUCAACACGUCCUCCUUCUUCAAGGUUUCUUUGAAGACCAACAACAAGGCCUUAGCUCUGGCUCUGGAGGCCCAGAAGGAGCGGAGCAGGCAGCUGGAGAUGGAGAUCGUGUACCUGCAGAAACAAGUGGAGGCUCUGUGCUUCGAGCUGGCCACCAGGAAAUACAAGGACAGGAAACUGCUCCUCAUCUUGAAAAACCUUCAUACAAACACUCUGCAGCACUUCGACAUGGUGGCCGACCUUUUCUCAGACUGUGAUCUUCCCAAACUAUCUCAGGAUAAAAAAACUGUGUUCUGUAACAUCGAGGAAAAUCCUGCAGUGGAAAGUCGCACAGAUCAGUCUCCUCCUCGCCCGGAAAUCGCAAAAGAUUUGUUGUGUCCCAGUAAAAAUGUAACAACGAACCUGCCUGAAAAAAAUAUGGAAGAACAUCUCUUUGGUAAACCCAGAAAGUCCACAGAUGCUUACAAAGAUGCUGAGAAGAGGCGUGCGACUCAGCGUAUUCAAGCUGCCGCGGCAGGAGCCUCCCGUCCGUCCAGCAGCCUGCGGGCUGAAGUAGAAAGGCUGUCCAUGAUGUUCUCUCAGUCGGGCUCUGACAUGAAGUUGCUCCCCUGUUCUCAGAACAGUCAAACCUCGUCCUCGCGUCUCAGCACAUGUGAAGGAUCCAAACCAGCCUCCACUGACGCGCUCUCUGAACCAGAACUGGACCAGAGUAACAAACUAGAGAAAACGGUGCUUCUGGAUGCAUCCAUGGAGAUGACGCAAAGCGACAACCCUGAGAUAGUCGUCGUGGAAACCAAGGUCAAAAAAACAAAACCAGGCAGCUCCAGCAAACAGAAACGCAAGAAGAAUAAGGAAGACGCCUUCGGGUUGAGUGCGGCUGAAAACGCUCGAGAGAAGAACUCUGCAGAUUCUGGGAUGAGCGAUGUUCAGACUGCUCCCACUGACGCUGAGUUACAGACAGACGACCACGAACUAGAGGGAAUCAAACUUCAGAGUGAGUCGCCUAAAAAAACGAACAGCUCUCGUAUUCCCAAACUGGGCAAAUCUGAUCCGAUCAGCUGUCAGAAAAAGUCCAAAUUAAAAUCAUCACAAAACACCAAGUCCGGUGACAUUGUCUCUCUGGAGCUGGACGAUUAUUUCACAGACUCUCAAAACAAAGUGAGAAACAGUGUGAAAGUACACGCAGAGGAAGAUGCAGCAGAAAACGCAGGGUCCAAAAUCACAUGCAGGAGGACCAGGGGCAGGAAGGGGUCGUCAGCCAUCAAGAAAUCUUCCUCCACUUUGCCUGAACCGUCUCAUGUCCGUGAGACCGGCGUGUCUGACUCGGAACAGCUUCAUAAUAAACAGGAAGACGUUGUUGAGAGUUAUGAAGAGUUUUGUGUAGAUGACAUCAUACGUCCAGUGUCUGCAGGACGUCACAAAUCAAAAUGCAGAGGCACGUUUCUCGUCGCGGUGAUGUCACCAGAAGCCGCUGAACAGGACGUCAUGUCUCCUACUGGAUCCUUCACCCGUGAGGCAGAGAAAGUGUCCUCAGUCACACCUGCAGGCGUCGUUCUGCAACAUUCACAAUCAAUUCCACCCAAACACAGCGAUGAGGAGACGCCGAGCUCCUGUAAGCGUCCUUGGGUGGCCACUCAGGAUUCGGAGAGCCUUGGAGAGGACAUCAGCAGCGACGCCUACCACGAUGCACUGCUCCUGCACCAGGAGUUUCAGAAACCUAAAAAAGCCAGGAAAGAAGAGACGGGGCGAUCCGGCAAGAAGAAAACCACACAGAGGAAGGAGGGUGACGACCUUCUAAAUGAGAAGAGAAAGAAGAAGAAGAAAAGCAGCCGCAGCAACAAAGGAUUCAGAUCUGGAGAUGAAGCGUUCGGUUUUCUGCAGGACGUCACCGACGAGCCUGAAAGACACAAAGAACGAUUAGAUGUGCAAGAGGUGGACUCACGUUGGAACGUCAGCGAAGACGUUGACAUCUUCGAACAUUUCUGUGAUACGAGAGCCUCAGAGCCAAAGUCCACGGCGGAAACUAAACUAAAACUAAAAGAGCGCAGAGCGAAGCCCAAGCCGCAGACGCUCACAGGAACCAGAAAUCCAAGGGAGACGUUUGUCGUCUACAGGCGGAAAACUCGAGACAGCAAGACCACGUCGGAACUGUCCGACGCCAGCAGUCACGUGGCGGACGCCAACGAUGAGGCGGCAUGUCAGACUCUGGGAGACCUGCUGACGGACGAGGUGCCGCCGUGGUUGGAGAUGGACGUCAGCACCGCAAACACUGAGGGGGGGUCUUUCCUGGAUAGUCCGAAGAGGGAGACAUCAGGUGUGGGGGCUGCAGAGAUCGAGGAGUCCGCUGCUGUCAUAACCGAAGCUUCUCCAGCAGGAAGAGUCUUAACAUCACUGACUAACACCAUCAUGACCCCAGGCAGCGAAAGCGGAGGCAGAACCAGGAGACGUCACGGUGUCGUCAGUUACAAGGAGCCGUCCCUCAACAGCAAAAUUCGGCGUGGAGAUAAAUUCACCGACAGCAAGUUCCUGAGCUCUCCGGUGUUUAGAGAUGGAAAGAAGAAGAAGCAGAAGAAGACUGCAGCAAAGCCAGUGUUAGACAGAUCCAUUUUGGAUGAAUGAUUAUUUCAUUUGUCUCAUCUGGUUUAUUUUAUUUAAUAGUUUCUUUUCUUUUGAGAAUUCUGAAGGAGUUUUUUUUUAAAUCAGGUUUCCUGGCAGCUGAACCUGAUCUGUAUCUCCACUUGCUCUCCAGCGUUGCGUGCUUGUUAGUGGGUCAGAGAGAUUGACAGUAGGUUGCUCAUGAAUGAUUCAGCUGAGAAAUCGGAGCCACGUUCCUGUAAAAGGCUCCGGUUCCUCAGAAACGUUCCCAGAUUCGCUUCUGCACGACCGCGGCAUGUGCAGGGUUUUGUGUCGUCACGUGAGCUGAGGUAUUGUUGUGCGUUGGUCGUGCAGGACUGUGUGGUGAGUACACACUGUUAGAUUUACAGGACUUCUUUUGUAUUUUCAUUUAAAGUUGUUUUCUUUGUCUUUUUAUUAAAGUUGUUCUUGCACAGA